GGUUGGCAUUUCUGCUACACGUGCGCAGAUGUACCAGUCGACCGCAAGCAGAUGAGGUUAAACAAUAAUUUGUAUACAUUUUAUACGAAGGCAUCGAAUCAUGGAUGCGAUGCAAGGUUACUUUUGAAUUCGAAAUAAUGUGGUAUUUUCGAAAUACUUGUCUACGUGAAAGCAGUUUACAGCGUUUAACAAGUAUUUGUGAAAUGUCGAAGCAAGGCUCAAAGAAAGUUGGCAAAACACAGAAAGCGACGGCUAACGAGGAAGCCAAGGGACCCGUGGGUCUAGAUAAAAAUGGAAACGUUACCAUCAGGAUCCACGCAAAGCCCGGAGCUAAAAAUAAUAAUAUAACGGAUAUCUCUGAAGAAUUUGUGGGCAUCGCCAUAUCCGCCCCUCCAGUCGAAGGCGAAGCGAACGUGGAACUUGUCAAAUAUUUAGCUUCCGUAUUAGGAAUGCGAAAAUCGGAUGUAUUCUUGGAUAGAGGUUCGAAAAGUCGUCAAAAGAUUGUAGUAGUGUCUGGUUCCACAGUACAGACAGUCUUGGACAAAUUAACAAGAGAAAUGCGAAUAUAACAAUGAACUUUCACUAAUUCAUUAUGAUUCCGUCUAUUUUUUCACACAUACAUCCCAAUAGCUUUCUUCUGCUAUCGAGUUACAUUUAUUAUACAUGAAUGUGUCAUAAAUAUGAAAUAAAUUUAAGGUUCCCUCCUACGGAGACUCUCCUUCUCCCAUGUGUCUCUUUCUAUGCACCCGAUCAGGGGAAAACUGUGUGUAUGUACAUUUCUUGUAUUCGUAUUCUAUUGCGCUUGAACAUUGUCAAUUCCAUUUAAUAUUCUGAUAAAUGCUAUAAGAUGUUACGCGUGUAUACAACAAUCUAAUACUCAG